AUGGACGCAGAGAUGGCUUCCUGGAAGUCCACAGGCACCUACGUUGACGAGGUUCCCCCACCUGGGGCGAACAUCGUCACUGGCAUGUGGAUUUUCAGGGUGAAGCGGCCGCCAGGUUCUUCGCCUGUCUUCAAGGCGCAAUACGUGGCUCGAGGCUUCAGUCAUCGGCAGGGAGUUGACUACUUUCAGACCUUCUCUCCCACCCCGAAGAUGACCACUCUUCUGGUGGUGCUGCACAUAGCCGCUCAGCGUGACUACCAGCUUCACUCUCUUGACUUCAGCACAGCUUUCCUGCAGGGCAGCCAGCACGAGAAGAUCUGGCUGCGCCGCCCACGUGGCUUCACUGGGUCGUUUCCUACUGGUACCCAGUGGAGCCUCCGGCGGCCAGUCUACGGUCUCCGCCAGGCGCCCCGUGAGUGGCACGACACACUGAGGACUACACUUGCGGCUCUUGGGUUUGCUCUGUCUACUGCCAACCCGUCGCUGUUUGUGCGCACCGACACCUCUUUGCCGCCGUUCUACAUCCUCGUGUACGUCGACGACUUGGUCUUUGCCACUGCUGAUACUGCUGGACUCGCCCACGUGAAGUCCGAGCUGCAGAAGAGACACACGUGCACAGACCUGGGUGAACUGCGCACCUACCUUGGCUUGGAGAUCACCCGGGACAGAGCACAGCGCACCAUUACCCUGACUCACUGUGAGGCUGAGAUCUACGCGGGGGCCAUGGCUGCACAAGAGCUACGCUGGCUCACCUACCUGCUGACUGACCUAGGAGAGCCGUCCUGUCUCCUCCAGCUCUAUACGUAG